CACUCUUGUUUGAGUUUUUGCAAAAAUUGCCAAAAUCAUGCUGUCGCUCUGACGUUUGAAAUUCGUGUGAAAGUGUUUAUCGUGUCUAAAUUCACCGUGGAUGUGUUCAAAUUAUGACGAUAUGGUCGAAACUUUAUAAAUUAUAUCUGCUCGGAAAAGUGAGAGUUUCUAAAUUUGCUCCAUCAAGAUACGCUCCUGGGACUGCUGCUUUUUUAACUUCAUGUGCCAUUGCUUCAUAUUUACUUUACAAAAAUCCCUCGGGAGUUUCCCCUUCGGGUCUUUUGAUUGGGAAAGAUCAAGCCCAAGGAAUUAAAAAGCGCUGGGAGCUGGAGAGUAGGGACGUCCCUACUGUCCUAAAAAUUGCAAAUGAGAGGCAAAGCAAUCGGGAAAAGUUCAAUUUCAUCAACAACGUGGUGAAGAAGUGCGCGCCUGCUGUUCUCUACAUCAUCAUUAGCGACCCAUCGCAAGUGGAUUUCGACACAAAGAGCCCCGUAAUAACAUCCACUGGCUCGGGUUUCAUAAUCAAUGAGGAUGGCUGGGCAUUGACAAACGCUCACGUCGUAUUAGAACAACCGCAGAGCAUUAUCAAUGUGAUCACUUACGACGGCCUGGCUUACACUGCAUCGCUGGAGCACGUUGAUGUGUCCAAAGAUCUGGCCCUGAUUAAAAUUAAUGCCGAUAAAAAGCUGCCAGUGCUGGAGUUUGGCUCCAGCAAGGACGCUAUAGUGGGCGAAUGGGUCGUGGCUUUGGGAAGUCCCUUGUCUUUAACAAAUUCGGUCUCGGUCGGAAUCGUGAGCUCCAUAAAUCGAUCAGCUGAAGACAUCGGCUUGAGAAAUUAUCCUAUGACCUACAUACAAACCGAUGCUUCUAUUACAUUUGGAAAUUCCGGUGGGCCAUUGGUUAAUUUGGAUGGACAUGUGAUUGGUAUCAAUAAUUUGCGAUUGACUGCUGGGAUUUGUUUUGCAAUCCCUGUGGAUUAUGCAAAAACAUUUUUAGAUAAUGCACACUUUGACCGCAAAAUAAAGUAAAAGAAAAACAUACAACUAAAGGAAAAUAAGAUUAUAAAUCGGGACCAUAUUGUAUAAUUUUGUACAAAAAAUAGCAAUACCAAAAAUAGGAUAACCACUUAAGCUUGUAUUGUAACAAAAUAAAUUAAGAAGCUUAAUUUUUA